UUUCAUGAAAACGAAUUACAGAGCAGACCCGAUAUCUCGCUUCAGGACAGCACUCGUACUCGUCGAAAUAAUAUUUCAGAGCGUGUGAAAGAGCCGAUCGGUCGGGCGAGAGACUGGAACGUGAUAAAGGAUAAAAUCGCGUGGUUCUCUCGCGCGCAUCCGAAGAUCAUUAGUGUCUCGUUAAAGAGAAGAAGAAAAUUGUGAGAAUCUUGUGAAAACCUCUUCGGCUGGGUCGCGCCUGCCUGCUUGCCUGCUUGGCUGCCUGGCUGGCUGCCGCCACCGCCACUACCACCAUCUGACCAUUAUCGCCGUGUUCGCCACUAGCACUACUACCAGCGAGCCUGAAUAUUCUCACUUUCGUGUAAUCUCAGCUACUAUCGGAUUCAUCUUCCUGCGGUUCGGUUCUACUCUUUUCUUUGAUCGUACCGACUACUCGCGUCUCUCAUAUGAUCCUUUCCAAUUGGCGAUUUCGAUCGUUUGCCCGGCUCUCGAUCGAUCCUCAUCGUCAGUAGAGGAAAAACUUGAAGAACUAGAGGAAGACGAAGCGGAAGAAGAAACAGUCGGAGAAAAAUCAACUACGGGGAGCAGUUGAUUUUCUCACCUUGAGUUUGGUCGUUUCUUGAGCAACAAAGCUCUGUCCGCAUCGGCGCUUUUUUCGCCCCAAGUGGUAUCAAUGUUGUCUGGCAAUGGUGUGUAAGGAGAACGUGGUAUCAUGGUUUGGGAAUCUGUCCAGUUAUAAACGUAUAGACAUAAUGUGCACACUGUUAAACAUGUGUUUGCCGUUUGAAGUAAGGUAUCUGGGCACUUGUGUGGAGGACCUUGGUAAAAGGGACUACAAUGACUUGCGUGAUACUGAACAUCGUGCAAACAAUGUAUCAGAUCUUGCAGAGCUGACAAAUCUGGGUGUGACAGACAAGCGCACCCGGAGGAAACUUGCACUCUAUAUGGCACUGUUGCACUCGUGCAACUAUUCAUGUGCCGUUAUUCUCUACAAGAAUCUAUCCAACGUUGACUUCCAAGAGAUUGUCAAUUUAUUGAAUGGGACCACCUUUACGCAGGAUGACCAACCUCUAGAGGAACUCUUGCUGCUUUAUACAAUGGCACUCAAUCACCCAGCCUUUACGUAUGAGCAGAAAUCUGUAUUUGGAAAUAUUUAUGUAAGACUACAGGAAGAAGAAGCGCGGCUUAAUCCACCAAAACCAAUAGUCAAUUCUUCCUAUAAAAACGCACAAGGUUGUACACCAUGUGUCACGCCUAACGACCGGACCAUUGAUUCUGAAAUCCCAGCAAAUUGUUUGAUGCCGCCACCACAAAUGCCGAAUUACCAUGUGUACGAAACUCCAGGAGAGAUGCCAAUGCGAACUAACACUAUGGUCAGCGGUGUACCUCCGGGAUUGACGAUGCAGCCGCCACCAGGAUUGUGUUUACCAUCGCCAGAACAACUGCCUGUAGGAUCAGGCACAGCACCUUACUUUACCCUGGGAUUUCCGUCCGUGAAUCAUAUGCCACCCUGGGCAGGUCAGGUCAUGAUGGGCAAUCAAGCAAUGUACCACAUUGGUGAUGUGUUGGCUCAUCCUCCUUCCCCAUUAGUUAGUCGCCAGUCCUCACCAUCCCAAUCACGAUCCCCUAGCCGAAGCAACUCACCGAUGGGUCGACGUAACAACACGAUGCCCAGGACCACCUCCCAGAUUACACAAUCGGACUCGAACACCCUUACCACUUCCACGAGUAGUUCGGGAAGCCAAACGAGCAUGACGAGCUCCUCGAAUAACACUUCCUUGCAGCAACUUCCUAGCCUGGCUUCUGGUCGAAAUCAUUCAAAUCAGCAAGCCCCUCUGCUCCCUUCACGGACCGUCCCUCCACCAGCUAUCGGUAGCAGCACGUCAUCCUCCCACGUUACUCACUCUCGUGACAACAGUAUCGACAACGCCGCUAGCCCACCAGCUAAUGCAUCGAACCUUAAGCAGCAACAGCCACCACCUCCACCCCGAUUGAGGUCAUCCACGUCUGCCGAUUCACUACGGGAAACCCUUGGCAAGGAAAUGCCAAACUUCAAGGGCAACUUACAGAACUAUUCGCUAGAGGAGAUUAGGAGAAUGAGCGACGAGGAGCUGAGGGACUUGGGCCUGACGUCGAAUGCGGUGGGUCAACUCCGAAGCAUCGUCAAGAGCCAAACCGUCAACGGUUUGAACCAACUCGCGCCGGACAAGAAGUUGGAGAGUACCAAUAACGCGACUCACCCGGUUGUAGACCAUGUCGAGAACGAGGAGCAGCAGCCGUUUGUCCACCAUCAUCACAAUCACAAUACCAACGUCAGGCGUUAUCCGACCAUCCCUCCGAUGGAACCUUCUCAGAUGCAGAUGUAUCCUGCACCGCCUCCCGUUUAUGCUGCGCAUAACACACCCUGUUACGCAUGUUUAACCAUGUCGGUUCCUGGAGUACAAAACCGGUAUCCAAGAUGUAACGCGCCGCACGUUUACUGCGUCACGCAACUUCAAGCGCUGAGACUGGACGCGGAGGGUAGUCGACAUUGUUCUCAGAGCAGUAGCUCGGAAAGUACAGGAAGUCGAUCACCGCCAGAGACGCCACCAGCAAUGCCCUGGGUUGGUGGAGGCGCUGGAGAUAGUUCAGUACCACCUCCGACGGAUCACCUGGGUGCAGGAACGCCGUUGCAUUCGACGGUAACAUCAGUAUCACAUCCACCACCGUCUGUUCCUCAACAAAUGCAACAGCAACAACAGCAGCAACAGCAACAGCCGCAUCCAGAGAGACAACGAACUAGUAGAAGGAAUCCCGCGCAUGUGGUGCGCCAAAAAAAUCAAAUGGUUAAUGGCGGAGGACCACCGAGUCUCGCACAUUGCGUAUCUUUCUCGGCGCCGCCUAACCACACCCCAGUGACGUACCUUCCCCACGGGCACUUCCAGGCCCUGAGACCAAGUACCGGACUCUAUUCGAACUUCUCCCACGCCGCAGCCGCUGCGACAGCAGCGUACGCGAGGCCCGGUUACCCAACGUCGUAUCAGCCAAACGGGGAGAUAAUGUUUCAAUAUCCAACCGGUCAACCUGGCUCAGGAGGGACGCCACCACCGCCUCCUACGGCCGCAGCACCCGCACAGACGUACCUUCCACCAGCACCGGUGGUCACCUACUCCCCAGCCGUCCAGUCAGCCAAGAUCUCCUGCUACAAUUGCGGCAGCAGCAGUCACCACGCGAGCGACUGCAAGGAUCAGACAAUGGAGGACCUCACAAAGAGAGCUCAAUACCGACUAGACUACACGAUAAUGAAACAGCCUGGGGAGUGCCCGAGUUCCGACAAGUGAUCCCCUGCCAUGGACCACCCCAUUAUCCAUCAAUACCAUCAUCUUCAUUAUCAUCACCACCACCAACACCAUCAUCAGAACCACAGUCAUCACCAUCACUACCAUGAUCAUCGUCAUCAUCAUCGUCACAAUCGUAACUACUAUCGUCGAUACUCUGACUCUCAUUAUUAUCAUCCUCCUCACCAACGUCAUCAGCAGCAUUACCUUACCACUAUCACACCUCCAAUCAUUAAAGCCGCCACUAUCACGACUACUCAGCCCAAGAUCCGAUCAAAAGACGACGACUACCGUUCCUCGUGCAAGUUUUCGGUGAUUUUUCUAGACGUCAUCCACGUGCCCCGUAUACGGCGUGAUGACUUUUUUAAGGAAGACGCUGUCUCAAAGCUCGCGGUAUCGAAAUGUACACUUUUUACAAGUUCUUAUUUAUGAUAGCGACUAUUAUUAUUAAUAUUACAUAUUAUUGUUUACUAUUAUUAAUAUUAUUAUUAAUUAUUAUCGAUAUAAUUAUAAAGAAGCUACAACACAACAAAUUGUGUAUAUAUAUAUAUAUGUAUAUGUAUAUAUACAUACAUAUAUAUUAUACGGUGUAGUGUACAAAGCAAAAACGGCGUGUAACGAUCAUUCUUAUAUAUCUGCGUGUAUGAUCUUGUUUUUUUAGGGAUGCGUUUAAGGGAGAUUUCGAGAGAGAUUUGCGUUUAGGUAUUUUGGCUUCGUCUUUUUUCGUAAACAAUAAAA